AUGGACUUCUUGGCCGAGAGAGUUAAGGAAUCCUUUGUGACGGAGCUGGUGGACGGAGUCUUGCAGGCCGGCUGGUUUGAGCCCCAUGCGCUCUUUUUCAUUCUGCUGCCUCCGCUCCUCUUCGAGAGCUCCAGCAACAUGUCCUGGCACGUGCUGAAGAAAGUGCUGGUGUCUUCCUACCUCCUAGCCUGGCCUGGUGUCUUGGUGAACACCCUCCUCACCGGCAGCGCCGUGCGAGCGAUUGUGCAAGUCAAUCACGCGCCGCCCUCCUGGGAGGCUUCCUUCCUGCUAGGUGCCAUCCUCUCAGCUACCGAUCCGGUGGCGGUCGUGGCGGCCCUCAAGACCUUGGGUGCUCCGGCCAAGCUGAGCACCUUGGUGGACGGAGAGAGUUUGGUGAAUGAUGGCUCGGCAGUGGUGGUAACCUAUGUGUUCAUGGAGUGGGUCAUGGGUUCGCUGGCGCCCGCCUCUGAGAAGUAUUGCCCCACCUCGCCGCCGGCUGUUCCUUGUGUGGUGCAGUACUUUGUCCAAGUCGCUUGUGGGGGCACCCUCAUUGGCAUCGCAGCAGGGUGGAUUCUUUACGCGUGGCUUCUCUCAGUCCGCUCACAGCACGUCCUCAUGCAGACAACCUCCAUUCUGGUGGUGGUAUACGCCACUUGCUUCAUCGCCGAAGGUCCCCUGAAGGCUGCCAGUUUGCUGGCAGCACAUCACUCGAAGCCUCAGUACUUGGAGUUGAUGGGAAGAGGAGGUCGCCAGCCACCAUGGAAGCGCGAAGAAACAGGCGAGAGCUAUCAGGAUUACAAAGACAACCGCGGACGCCAGCCAAAAGGAGACAAGUCCUGGGACUACUGGCGUGGAUCGUGGCCUUCUCCGAAAGGUACCAGGCAGCAGGAACGCUACGAUGCUGCCCCUCUUCCGGAAGAGCGAGCUCAGCCGACUCCCAGCCUGAGCUUUUUCAUGAGCGAUGCAGAUUCGUCUCAGGCACCCCCAGCCUUGCGCGAGAUACAGAAGUAUCUGUCGCAGGCUCAGCGUGCCGAUACCAGGCUGCGAAAGUUGAAGGAAGAGCAGGACAAAAAGUCCAAGCACUGGGAAGUGUACGAGCAGCAGAUGAAGCAGAAGUUUGCACGUCAGAGGCGUGCAUUCGAGGCGGACUUGCAGCGCAUCGCCCAGGAUGCACAGGAGGCCGCGGAACAAGGACAACAGGCUGCACAGAAAGUCAAGGAAGUCGUGCUGCGAGGCCGUGUCGAGAAAGACGAUCCAAUGGAGAUGGAAAAUGCGGCAUGGGACGCUCUGACGAAGACCGAGAAGGAGGAACCCGUGCGCAAUGGCUUCCUGCAGGAGGCACUCAAUGCGGCGCAACAUGGCCAGCCGCACAUGCCCCCAGGUAUGACGACCGAGACGGCCAGGGAACCACCGGGCCGUGGACUACCUGCCGAAGACCCAGCUCUCCGAGGAGUCGCCAGAGCACCGACGACGACAGCUGCUCCCCCACCUGGACUGGCAACACCUGGGGUGAAUCCUUACGAGACUGCAAAGGGGCCGCCAGUUACGAUGCAGCCCCCUGGCACGGAUGCGAACCCUGCGCUCGAGGCCAAGCUGGCAGCCAAUCGUGCCCUCAAGGCUUUCGGCCUCCGCACCGUCAAUGUGGAUGGAGGGCCAGGGCAGGAGAAUGCAAUGCCAGCGGGCCCACCCAAGCUGGUGAACGACGACGAGGAAGACGAGCUAUCCAAGACCGGGACUCUUCGAGACCCUGGCGGCAUGGACUGA